GCACACGUCAGGCCGAGCUCACCGUGAGAAACACCUGCAGUGUCGCGGUGUAAACAGGUUAAACCUCAGACAGACAGACAGAGAGAGAGAGAGAAAGAUGACGUCCCAGAAACCUAAAGAUGGGCUGGCUGAAAUCAGAGCGUUGGAGAAGAUUCUGGACUCCAGUAAACUGGAGCUGACCACCGUUGAUGAGGUUUGGCCAAACUUGUACAUCGGGAAUGUGGCAUUUGCUCAAAACAGAAGUGCAUUAAAGAAAAUGGGCAUCACCCACAUCCUGAAUGCAGCUCAUGCCAGACAGGGCAGUAUAGGAGAAGAGAGUUAUUAUGGGAGCGACUUUGUUUAUUACGGUAUACCAGCAGAAGACUCUAGCAAGUUUGACAUCAGCGUUCACUUCCGGCCAGCAUCUGACUUUAUUCACAAAGCCUUCAAGAAGAAAAACGGCAAAGUGCUCGUGCAUUGCAUUAUGGGAGUGAGCCGCUCCUCUACUUUAGUCUUGUCCUACUUAAUGUUACGUCAGCGUCUCUCUCUCCGUGCUGCCAUCCAGCAAGUCAUCCAGAGGAGACCGAUUUACCCAAACAGGAACUUUCUUGGCCUCCUGCUUGAGCUCGACAAACAAUUGCAGAGAAAACGAAUGAUAUGUCCAGUUCUCUGACAGCACA